CUGAGCAUGCGCCUGGCUCUUCCGCGAGUUUAAGGGAGAUUUGUAGUCCCGGGGCACUUUGCAGAAAAAGGCUGGGAGCGCGUCUGCUUUUUCUGCCGUGUCCGAUUCUGCUCCCCUUCGCUGCGACCCUUAGGCUGAGCCCCUGGGCCAAGAGGCUGUAAGGAAUUCUUGCACGGGUGGAGAUCCAGACGUGACUCAGAAUACGUAAGCUGGUUCCUCUGGAGACCGAGGUAUCUUGUGAAGGAAGAGGGCUGAAUGGCAUUAGGAGAUUUGGAGAGACCUCUUGUGAUUAGGAAGAUCUGGGGAGAUCAGUCCAUUUUGGUGCUGGAUUAGAUGGAGGGACAAAGCCCAGCAGAUUCAGGAGUUGGAAAAGGCCCUGCAGCUGCUCAGCCUUGGAGCUGUGGGAAGAAUGGGGCAAAUCCUGGGCAGAAGAGCCAAGAAGAGGAAACCAACAGUUCAGAGGUCCAAUGCUAUCACUUCAGAAAAGUGCAGUUCCAGGAGGGGAAGGGUCCCCGAGAUGUUUGCAGUCAGCUUCACCACCUUUGUCAUCAGUGGCUGCAGCCAGAAAGACACACAAAGGCCCAGAUGCUGGACCUGGUGCUCCUGGAGCAGUUCCUGGCUGUCCUUCCCCCAGAGAUGGAGAAAUGGGUGCAGGAGUGUGGAGCGGAGACCAGUUCCCAGGCAGUGGCCCUGGCCGAAGGCUUCCUGCUGACCCAGGAGUCUGAGAAGAUGCAAAGAGAAUUGCAGAAGUCCUUGCAAGCUAUUGCUGAGUAUCCCGAGGGGCGGGAAGAUUCAUCCAAAUCCUCCCAGGAGCCGUUUUUCAGGGAGAGCUUCCAGAAAGGUCGAAGUCAGGACACCACACUAGGUAAUAGAAAGCUGCCUUUCGUAUUUUCAGAACCAUCUUCUCUUUGUGGUAGAGCUGAAAGAGUGGCUGAACCUCUGCCUCAGGAUGUUGUGUCUUUGGAGGAAGUGGCCGUGUAUUUCUCUGAAGAGGAGUGGUCUCAGCUGGAUCCUGACCAAAAAGCACUCCACGGGGAAGUCAUGCUGGAGAAUUCCAGGAAUUUGGCUUCUAUGGGCUUCGAUGGACAAGAGAAUGAGAAUUGCAAGGACGAAUGCCAAGAGAUCCAUUCAAAAGAGGGAAAAGGGAAGUUUCCAGAUCAAUUGCAACCAAAGAGUAAUGAAACAAAACAAUCACAAAGAGGAAUUAAAAAAGGCUUCCCUCAGGUCACCUUGCUUUCUAACCAUACAAGAAUCGAUACGGAAGAAGAAGCUUAUAAAUGUGUGGAGCGUGGAAAGAGCUUUAAUAAAUCUGAUAAUCUUAUUUCCCAUAAAAAGACACAUUCAGAAAAGAAACGAUAUGCUUGCAGGGAAUGUGGAAAGACCUUCCGUGAUAAUCACUCUCUUAGAACUCAUGAGAGGAAUCACACAGGAGAACGGCCUUACAAAUGCAUGGAGUGUGGAAAGACCUUUAGUUAUGGCAGUAAUCUUACUUCCCACAAGAGGAUCCACACAGGAGAGAAGCCAUAUCAGUGCAUGGAGUGUGGAAAGACCUUUACUCGUAAUAGUCGUCUUAAUUCCCACAAGAUGAUCCACACAGGAGAGAAGCCGUACAAAUGUGUGGAAUGUGGAGAGAGCUUUAGGUGGAAUUCUAAUCUUGCCUCCCAUAAAAGGAUCCACGCAGGGGAGAAGCCCUAUCAAUGCAUGGAGUGUGGAAAGGGCUUUAGUCAGAAUUGGAGUCUCAUUUCUCAUAAAAGGAUCCACACAGGCGAGAAGCCAUAUCAGUGCAUGGAGUGUGGAAAGACCUUUACUUGUAGCAGUACUCUUAAUUCCCACAAGAGGAUCCACACAGGAGAGAAGCCGUAUCAAUGCAUGGAGUGUGGAAAAACCUUUCUAAGUAGCAGUAAUCUUAAUUCCCACAAGAAGUUCCACACAGGAGAGAAGCCAUAUCAAUGCAUGGAGUGUGGAAAGACCUUUCAUUGUAGCAGUAAUCUUAAUUCCCACAAGAGCAUCCACACAGGAGAGAAGCCAUAUCAAUGUCUGGAGUGUGGAAAGGGUUUUAGGAAGAAUUCUGAUCUCAUUUCCCAUAAAAGGAUCCACACGGGAGAGAAGCCAUAUCAAUGUGUGGAAUGUGGAAAGGGUUUUAGGUGGAAUUCUGAUCUCAGUUCCCAUAAAAGAAUCCACACGGGAGAGAAGCCAUAUCAAUGUGUAGAAUGUGGAAAGGGCUUUAGAUGGAAUUGUGACCUCACCUCUCAUAAAAAGACCCACACAGGGGAAAAGCCAUAUAAAUGCAUGGAGUGUGGAAAGGCCUUUACUUGUAGCAGUAAUCUUAAUUCCCACAAGAGCAUCCACACAGGAGAGAAGCCAUAUCAAUGUGUGGAAUGCGGAAAGGGCUUUAAGAAGAAUUGUGAUCUUUCUUCCCAUAAAAGGACACAUAUGGGGAAAAAACCGUAUGAAUGCAUGGUGUGUGGAAAGAGCUUUUUGAGAAAUUAUGCUCUUACUUGCCAUAGAAAGAUCCACCUAUAGGCGAAGCCAUAUCAAUACAGGAAAUGUGGGAAGAGCUUCAGUAGAAAUACAGGUAGUCCUCGGCAUAUGACUGGAAUUAAUCCCAAAAUUUCUGUUGCUAAGCAAGAGAGUUGUUGAAUGAGUUUUGCCCAUUUUAUGACUUUUC